CCUACCUUAGGUAGGUUUUAAGUAUAACGGGUCAAAUUUGGCAUUAGAAGGCGGAUAUGAUAAUAAAAAGUACAUCAAAAGUACAUAUUGAUAGCUACCUCCUAGAUAAAAUUUUGUGACUCAAAAUCUCCGGGUCGCUCUUACCUCUCCACGUUUCUCUGAGUUUAAGUUUGAGUCGCGUGGUCCAUCUUUUUUUCUUUCCAAUUCUGACAAAAAUACCAUCUUCUACCUUAGUUAUACUCCUUCCAAAAGUCUUUCCAUCAUAUUCUGCAUUCUACCAACUACACUUUGAUUACACUUUGAGACUGAUAAGAUGUGUGGGAUAUUUGCGUGCCACUGUCACCCCGACGUCCAGAAAUUCAAGCCAACGGCCUUGAAACUGGCAAAGCAAAUUCGGCACAGAGGCCCCGACUGGAGUGGAAGCGUUAUCUGCAACAACACAAUCUUGUGCCACGAAAGGUUGAGCAUUGUUGGCGUCGAGUCCGGCGCACAACCCCUAACCAAUGCGGACGAGACUAUAAUACUUGCCGUCAAUGGCGAGAUCUACAACCAUCGGUUAAUUCGAAAAAGUCUCAAGACCCCUUAUCACUUCAAGACUGCUUCUGACUGCGAGGUUAUCAUUCCCUUGUAUAUGGAACAUGGACUCGACGCUCCCAAGUACUUAGAUGGUAUGUUCUCAUUUGUGCUAUACGACAAGAACCUCGAUCGAACUAUUGCGGCCCGCGAUCCCAUCGGUGUCACCACGCUAUACCAAGGUUGGUCCUCCACGGAGCCGGGCACUACCUACUUCGCUUCGGAGCUGAAAUGUCUGCACUCCGUCUGCGAUAAGAUUCGCGCCUUUCCCCCGGGACACAUCUAUGAUACCAAAACCAACGAGACCACUCGAUAUUUCCAGCCGACUUGGUGGGACGAAUCGAAAAUCCCGGAUACUCCCUUAGAUCUGAAGCUCGUUCGAGAAACGCUAGAGCGAUCUGUGAGGAAACGGCUCAUGGCCGAAGUUCCUUAUGGUGUACUGUUGUCCGGUGGUCUUGAUUCGAGUUUGGUUGCAGCCAUUGCUCAAAGAGAAACCCUGAGGCUCAAGAAGGCCGCAUUAGCCGCUGCCAAUGGUACCACUACUGAUCCGACUGAGGACCCUGACAAGGGUGAGGGCUUAGUCGGUAUCGACGAUGAGAACAAGCUCUCUACUGUAACAUACCUCCCGCAGCUUAACUCUUUCUCAAUCGGUUUACCCGGCUCCCCCGACAAUGAGGCUGCCGUCAAGGUAGCCAAGUUCCUCGGCACAAAACAUCACGUCAUGACCUUCACUAUUGAGGAUGGUCUUAACGCAUUAUCUGAUGUCAUCUACCAUCUCGAGACGUAUGACGUAACCACAAUCCGUGCCUCAACACCUAUGUACCUGCUAUCGCGAAAGAUCAAGGCCAUGGGAAUUAAGAUGGUGCUUAGUGGCGAAGGGAGUGAUGAGAUUUUCGGAGGAUACCUCUACUUCCAUGCCGCGCCGGAUAAGAAGGCUUUCCACGAAGAGACCGUCCGCCGAGUUAAGAACCUCCAUCUUGCGGAUUGCCUACGAGCCAACAAGUCUACUUCGGCUUGGGGUCUCGAGGCUCGUGUUCCCUUCCUUGACAAGCAGUUCCUCGAAACCUGCAUGAACAUCGACCCCCAGGAGAAGAUGAUUACCAAGGAACGAAUCGAGAAAUGGAUUCUGCGAAAAGCGUUCGAUACUUCUGACGACCCCAGCGCCGAGCCGUACUUACCGGACGAGAUCCUUUGGAGACAGAAGGAGCAAUUCUCUGAUGGUGUCGGUUAUGGUUGGAUCGAUGCUCUAAAGGAUAACGCCGAACUUCAUGUCACUGAUGAGAUGAUGAAGAACCCCAAGCCUGAGUGGGGCAACGAUAUUCCCGAUACCAAGGAGGCUUACUGGUACCGCACAAUGUUCGACGAGCAUUUCCCUCCUCACUGCGCUUCCACUGUGAUGCGAUGGACCCCGACUUGGUCAAAGCAGACCGAUCCUAGCGGACGAGCUAUCUCGACGCACGUCGCCAAGUAUAACGAAACCGAAUAAAUAUGGCCCUGCUAUAUUGGGUAAAUGAUACGAAACAAGUAGAGACGCAUGGUUCAAGGCUUCAAUAGUCUAGAUAAGAGGGGCAAUUUACUAGGGAUAGAAUCGCAUGACUCAGGUAGCGAUGUUGAAUUGCACCAUUAUGGGGAAUCCUGAGCAAGUAUGAGGAGAUUAAGACUGGUUGGUCUCUUGGUAGGGGUAUGAAGUUAGACCUUGGCUGUGACAAUACCAAUAGAAAUUUGCCUUGCCAGCAAGCAUAUUCGUCUUACUAUAUACUAUAGUGUGCUUGAGGACGAAAAUAAAUCAGACUAAUUCUUGUCAUUGUGAAGUACUAUGAUAACCUAACCCA